CAGCGACAGCGACAACAACGCACAAAUUAUCGAGUCUGCGCCAAAAGUGAUGGCAACUGCGAACCAUCUUAAAGAGGUUCCCGCUUAUCCCUAAAUAUACCCCCCACACCCCAAAAAAAAAAAAAAACGAAAAGUGUUGCAGCAACUGUUCAGCCCAGUGCUUGUGCCCCACUCCCACUUCCACUCCACAAGCACACGACCGGCACACGCACAGGCGUAGUUAGUAUCCAAUCCAGUUGCCGUUUUUCGGUUACGGGUUCGGUGCCCCCUUCGGUAUUCCGCCCCUACCCCCUCCUCCCCUACCGCUCGUCGUCGUCGUCGCUGUGGUCGUCGUGGGUCAUGUCACAUGUCCUGGUGGCUCGCUCUGCUGCCUUGUGCCUGUGCCUGUGACGCCGCCGCACCGUUUCUUUGGGUGGGCGGCAGCCGGAAUAAUGCCGCAUUAGAGGCGCCCGCAGAGACCUACGCGAGUGUCGUCGUCGGCUGAGAAUUGAAAUUGGAAAUUUUUGUGGUGCGACGACUGUGGCAAAAGUGAUGCGAAUGUAACACGCCGAACCGAACCAAACCAAACCAAAAUAAAUGUGUGCCAUUAAUAGCUGGGAGGCAAACAAGCAGCAACGGCAGCGGCAGUGGCAACGGCAGUGCCCAGUGGCAGUGUCAGUGCUAUAGCUUCCAGUUCUGAGUGCGGUGCGGUGUGGCAAGUGGUGCAAGAACAACAACGACAAGAGCCACAACCAUUUAAAAACAACAACAGCAACAACAACAACAGAAGCGGGCCACCAAGUGUGUUGCAAAUAAACGGCCUGCAACAUGGCUUUGAAUAUGGCAUUAACGAAAGAAGAGGAACAACAGCAACAGCAACAGACGCAGCAGCAGCAGCAGCAGCAACAAACCAAAUGGCAGCAACAUGCAACGAAACGUCGACGCUGCCAUCAACAUUGGAUUAAAGAACAAAAUCUUCAAAUUCUGGCCAUGGCUGUCAUCGCCCUGUCCCUGACCGGCCUCGCCCCCUGCCACGCCCAGCAGCAAAAGUUCCGCACCACGCCCCACGAUCUGCAAGUACUCGAGGGCGCCGAGGCCAUGAUGCGCUGCGAGGUGACCAAUGUGGCCGGUGCCGUGCAAUGGACUAAGGAUGGCUUCGCCCUGGGCUUCUCCGCCGUUAUACCGGGCUUUCCGCGCUACUCAGUGCUCGGCGACCGGAAGCAGGGCGUCUACAAUCUGCGCAUCUCGAAUGCCUCCACCAGCGAUGAUGCGGAAUACCAGUGCCAGGUGGGACCGGCCCGCCUCAACUCUGCGAUCCGAGCAAAUGCCAAACUGACUGUCAUAUCUCCGCCUGCCUCGAUCGAGAUCAAAGGUUACAGCCACAAUUCCAAGGUGGAGGUGCGUGAGAAUCAGGACCUGCAGCUCAAGUGCAUUGUGGCCAAUGCAAAGCCGGCGGCUCAAAUUGUCUGGUAUCGCGGCAAUGUGGAAUACAAGCCAGAGCAACGCGAUGACCUGGUGGUGGAAUCCAUACCGAAACGAUGGACAACUACGUCCAGCCUGAAGCUGAAGCCGGACUCGGAUGAUGACUACACGGAAUAUACGUGCCAGGCCAAGCACAAGGCCCUCUCGCCGGACAUGCCCAUGCGUGCCACCGUGCAACUGUCCGUGUUGUAUCCCCCUGGGCCGCCCUAUAUCGAGGGUUAUUCGCAGGGCGAUACACUGAGGCGUGGCCAGAGCGUGGAGCUUAUGUGUCGCAGUCGCGGCGGCAAUCCGCCAGCACAACUCAUUUGGUAUAAGAACGGAUCCCAGAUACGCAUGGCCUACAGAACUGCUGGCCGCUUGUCGGAGAAUAUAUAUGCAUUUACCGCUGAGGCUGGGGACAACAAGGCCCGUUUCCGUUGCGAGGCGAGCAACGUGAUGUCCCAGACGCCGCUCAAGGCGGAAGUGGAUCUAUCUGUGCUGUUUGCACCCACGCACGUCACCGUGAUGGGACCCACUGAGGCGCGCGUCGGCGAUGUUGUGCCACUGACAUGCAACACAGCGCCAUCGAAUCCACCCGCUGAGAUCAAAUGGAUGGUGGGCGGACGGCAGGUGCGCAACACCACCUUCAGCAAGAUUAUCAGUCCCGAAGGCGGUUGGACGAGCACCUCCAACAUCAGCGCCAUUGUGGAGCCCCACAAGCGCUCGCUGGUCGUCAUUUGUCACGGCCUCAACAUGCAGCUAACGGAGAAUGUGGUAGCCACGCACACGAUCAAUGUUCUGUAUCCUCCCGCACCGCCAUUAAUUUCCGGCUAUAUAGAGGGACAAAUUAUACCGGCGGGCUCUGUGCAAAAACUUCUUUGCGUUUCAUCAGGCGGCAAUCCGUUGGCGACGCUCACGUGGUACAAAAACGACAAGAGGAUCAAUUCGGUAAUACGUGCGGCAGACAAGUCGGUUUCGGCCGAAAUCACCAUACUGGCGAAUGUGACGGACAACCAGGCGCAAUAUCGAUGCGAGGCCUCCAACAGCGCAACGGAGAUACCGCUCCUGCAGUCCACCACGCUAAGCGUUCAUUUUGCCCCGGAGACGGUCAAAAUACGCAUUGAACCGGAAGAGCUGCGACCUGGCAUGCAGGCAGCCAUCAUCUGUGACUCCAGCUCCAGCAAUCCGCCGGCAAAGUUGUCCUGGUGGAAGGAUGGCAUACCCAUUGAAGGCAUUAAUAACACAUCCAAGCCGGGCCUCUGGGGCGGCACAGUAUCAACGCUGGAGUUCAGGGUGAACAUCACACAGGAAAUGAACGGCGUCGUCUACACCUGCCAGAGCGCCAACGAGGCAUUGCAGCGUAGCGUCCACGAGGCCAUCAGCCUGGAUGUCCUGUAUCGGCCCAAGUUCGUGCCACCGCCCUCAUCGACAGCUGUCGGCGUGGAGGGGGAAUCGCUGCAGGUGGCGCUACAGACGAAGGCCAAUCCCACAAUUGUGGAGUACAAGUGGACCAAAGACGGAGCCACGAUACCGCAGGGCGGCGAGCAUCGCAUCUUUGCGGACGGCGGCAGUCUCAACUUCUCGCGGCUGCAUCGUGACGAUGCGGGAAUCUACUCGUGCAGCGCCAGCAAUACGCAGGGCAAGGCCACCCUCAACAUCACCGUGGUGGUCGAAUAUGGCACCACCAUCAAGACCGUGUCGGAGAACAUCAUUGUGAAUCCCGGCGAGGAGGCGGUGCUCUCGUGCAGCGUCGAGGGCAAACCGCUCACCGAGGAGCAUGUCAAGUGGGAGCGUGUGGGCUAUGACAUGACCGUCAAGACAUCGACGAAAUUUGCCAAUGGCACCUCCUAUCUGCACCUCAAGGACGCCCAGCGCGAGGAUGUGGGCAAUUUUCGUUGCGUUGCCGACAAUCGUGUGGCCAAUCCCACCAAUCGCGAUGUCCUGCUCGUUGUCAAGUUUGCACCGGAGAUAACCAAGUCACCGACCAUGAUGCGAGCGGCCAGCGGUACGGGGGAGCGGGGCAGGCUGCCAUGCCGCGCCCAGGCAUCGCCAAAGCCGCAAUUCAUCUGGCGGCAGGACAAGAAGGAUCUGCCCAUCAAUCGCACGUACAAGUACGAGGUGGAGGAGCGCAAGAUAGACUCCCUGACCUACGAGUCCUCCCUCAUUGUCGACAAGGUGGCGCCCGCCGACUAUGGGGCCUACGAAUGCAUUGCCCGCAAUGAGCUGGGCGAGACCAUUGAGACGGUGCGCCUGGAAAUUACAUCACAGCCGGACCCACCGCUCAGCCUCAACAUACUGAAUGUGACCCACGAUGCCGUCACUGUGGCCUGGACACCGGGCUUCGAUGGCGGCCUAAAGGCAUCCUAUCGUGUGCGAUAUCGAAUCGUCGACCGUGAGCAGUACAAGUACAUUGAUGGGCUGCCGAAUAGCCACAAGCUGACCAUCGCUGGACUACGCAUGGAUACACUCUAUCUGUUCUCGGUGAUGGCAUGGAACGAGCUCGGCCAGAGCGCCUACCUGCCGGACCUGACGCGGGCCCAAACCAAAGGAUUUGAAAUGAUGCCAGCGGAGUUAAGCGAUGACUCGGCGACGGGCAAUAUACCGAACCUGGUCAUAAUUGGCAUCUCCCUGGCGGCCUUCGGCUUUCUGCUGGUCAAUGCGGCCCUCGUUGCCUGGUUCUUUGUGCAUCAGCGACGCAAGAAAGUGUCGGAAACUACAAAUCAACCAGGAAAAACGGCAACCAUCGAGAUGUACGCGCCCAGUUCGUAUAAUGACACCGUCACCGGCGAGACGCUGUCCAGCGUUUCGGAGAAGAGCGAAUCCUAUUCGAAUGAGGGCGGCAGCCAGCCGGAAUAUAUUGAUGAGGCACGCAAAAAGGCAGCAUCAACAUAUCUGGUCGAAGGUGCGGAUAUGCCACCGCCCAGAUAUCAAAAGGAUGGCACACUGCCAGUAUUAUAUCCGAAUAAUAUUGUUAAUGCCUGCACUUUGCCACAUCCGAGGCACAACAAUGGGAAUGCCACUGCCAUCCAUAUGAGCCGCGAUGAUCAGAUGCUAAUCAGCAAGGGCAUUUAUAUACCGUCCCCAUCGCCAGCGCCGCCGCCAGAUGGCUCCUACUACAACAUGAACAGCGACAGAUAUUUGUCCUAUCCGCCAAUGGAAUACCCAGCAGCCCUGGACUUCACCGCCGCCCCACCCAUGUCCAUGGCCCAUAUGCAGCCCAUUACAGUGACGUCACAGGCGGCGGCGCUGCUGGCCAGCAAUGGCGGAGCGACGCUUAUUGGUAACGGAACGGCUGGAGGAUCGGGCACACUGAGACGCGGCAUAUUGCGCGGAAUACCCCAGCCGGAUGUCACCCACCACACGACAGCAGUCAGCGGCAGUCCCAUGCAGAUGCUGCACGACCUGCAUCCUGUCAAUCUGAGCGCCACCACCCUCACCACGAGCACAAUGCUCAAUGGCAGCAUGACGACAGCUGCGGCCACGAGCACGCUGCCCCGCCAACCCCACGGCAUCCUUAAGGAUCCCAACCGCAGCAAGCACCACCAGCAGCAGCAGCAGCAGCUCCAACAACAGCACCAGCUCCAGCACCAGCACCAGCAGCAGCUUCUCAACGCCAGCCUAGUGGGCGUGGGUGUGCCCGUUUCCGCGCCCAUGGGCAGCCUGCAGAUACUCAAUCUGCCAGCGCAGGGCGGUGGUAUGGGCAGCAACCUACUGAUGACCACCAGCGCCAACUACGACCCCACGGGAGCGGGCAUGAGCAGCUUCAAUGGCGGAGCAGCUAUGUCCGCCGCGUCCGCCAGUGGCAUCCCAGUGGCCUAUACAGAUGCGGACGGGCAUCUCGUAUAGCUGUAGGCUGAGGCUGGUGCCACAAUUGCCACCAGCAGCAGCUGCAGCAGCAACAGCAACGGCCCUGAAUCCCGGUACUAGUGCCCCUGAUUGGAGUUGCGCGGGGCACAGCACGCAGCUAUGAAGUUAACCUAUCGUCAACCUACCUAACAUAUACAACAAAUAUAUAUAUCUAAGCGAUGUAGUCUAGGAGCUUUCUCUUCUGUGCGGUGGCAUCCAGUGUCCCAAUCCAUCUCGGUGUCUACGGGUUCCCAGGUUGGUUUGCAGGCGGCAGGCGGCAGGCGGCAGCGGUUAUCCAGCGGACAGUCACUAACGUUCCUUCCAUUACCUUAUUCAAAUCAGCCAACGAAUUAGUUUAUGUAAAUUUUAUCCAACAUUUUUGUUACUCUCUUUUUUUUCUUCGUUAAAUCCCCAGCGCAGAGACCCCCUGCCCCUACCCCCGCCCACUCCAAUGGUUGGGUGUUUAUUUAGAUAAGAAAAGCGGCGGCAGCAGGCAGCAGGCAGAAUGGGGGGUGGGAGAUUGGGGAGUGAGCAUAAUUUUGCAGAGAGUUUUACUAAUUAGCCGGCAGCAGGAAUAACAAAAACGUUCAACAGAGGCGCAAUGGCAAUGGCAGUGGGAAAGGCACCACCAAGCCACCACCAGGGUGUGCAGAAAGCAAGUGAAAAUAAUUUGAAAUUUUCUUUAGUGGAACGCGAAACGGUCCAAAGCCGUUUGACAGCUCCCUGGGGCGUGCUCGGGGCUCAAGUCGACUGGGCACGUGAUUGCCCUGGACGGCGCAACCAGCAGCAGGAGCAUGGUCGCAUGGUCGCCCAAAGUCGAAGGUUGACAGCCGCUAGAAGUUGCUCCCCAGCUUCUAGAAAAUAUUGACAGGCCACUCCCCCCUCGCUCAUUGUGGCGACAGAAAAAAGCAGGACUCUUGACUAGACAGACACCCUAGAAAUGAGAUUCACAGAGUUACAAUAGCCACAGGAAUUAAUUAUGCGCCAUUCACAUCCAUUCACCCGAAUUCCAAGGAAAAAAAGUUAAAUCUUCGGAAACCAUCUACCGAAAUAUUAAAUAUAUAUUUAUCAACUUUGAUAUUUAAUUAUUCUCAUUGCAUUGCUGUGUUUAAACCAAUAUUCCCCUAUUGAUUCAAUUGCAAUAAUUGUGGGAGUAAGUAGGAGCCUUGAAAUUCAUUAUUCAGACUCUUCUGCAAACACAUUCAUGGCAAAAGAUAAUUACAUACAUACCAGAUAUACCAGAUACCCCACCCCCCGCAGAUGGUAAGGCACUCUGCCACGCCCCACAGUCACAUCACACAGAAGCAUAUCCUUCAGAAGGCAUUCAUCGAGUACCAGGUCGGAGUGGAGUGGAACUUUUGCCGCACAUAAACAGUUUUCAUUUGCCACUCGUCGCAGUUCAGCGAGCGUGACAUGGUUCCCCAUCUUUGGAUGUGGGGUGGGUAGGGGAAACUAGAAUUAGAACUGAGAAUCGGAAUGGGAAUGGGAAUGGGAGCAUCCCUCCCAUUAGAUGUGGCAUUGAAGACAAUCUGAGAAUUUCUAGGACCCUUGUUGAAGCCUUGUUGAGGCGAAAAACAUAAAACACAGUCGCUCCGUGGCAUUCACUUCUUGAAUGCCAGUGGCUUUGGCUUUAGCUUUGGCUUUGACUUUCUAGCUCUCAAGAUCUCCAAGCAUCGGGCAUAGUUGCUCCAGCUCCAAUUCCAGUUCCAGCUCCUUGAAACAGAUAGAAAGAAAGAGAGAGAGAGAGAGGGAGAGCGAGUGUGUGUGUGUGGAUUUUAAUAUUCAUUUAGUUGUAAUUACUGGAGAUACUCGUAUGGAGGGACUUGAAUUGAAUGCAGCAGCUCCUCCGCAGCUAUGUCUGCUGUGGAUUAUCACAAAUGAAUAACUGCUCUGCUCUGCUAUGCUCUGAUUUUUGGGGAAUUUCAAGAUGAUGGUGGCAAGGAGUGGAAAAGGAAACCCAAGGAAAACUCGCUUGACUGUGUAAUUAAAAGUGAAAUUAUCUUUGAAAUUAACGCAUAGACAAAGGCAAAAUGAAAACCUCCCGCAAAAGACAAAGACAACGGCAAAGGAGGAUAUCCUCCAAAGUGGCUGAAGAAAAAUGAAAAAAAAAAAUCCAACCAGCAAAAGAAAUGAAGAGAAAUGCGCGAAAUGCAGAAAAUGGAAUUAAGAAUUA